AUGUGUGGGUCAAACAGGUACGUGCGUGUGUUGAUAGUAGAUAUCAAAUACAGAAAGAAACAUAACUUUCUCGACGAAGGUGAAGGGCUGUAUUGUAACAGCUCGUUUGAUAACAUCUACUGCUGGCCCAACACACCUGCAGGAUACACUGUGUACCUUCCGUGUCCGAAGGGAUACGAUAACACCAAAAUCCUGGCUUACCGGAUUUGUACGGAGGCCGGUGAGUGGCUGAAUGGAAACUGGUCCAACUACACACUGUGUGUACCUCACAAGCUUAGCCGUGUACCGCCGGAUCUGUCCAUCCUACUGGCGGUGAGAGAUAUCUACUUCGCUGGCUCGGCCCUAUCACUGCUGAUGCUGUGCAUAUCAAUGUUCAUCUUCUCUUACUUUAGGAGACUACACUGUGACCGCAUCAGAAUCCACAAGCAGCUGCUUCUGUCCCUGAUAUUCCGGUCCAUCAUCCUCAUCAUUCUGAUGCAGCCAGGGGACGACUCCGGGCCUCCUUCGUACAUGGGCGAGCCUGUGGUGUGCCGAGGCCUGGUGGUGUUGUCCCAGUACUUCAGCAUGUCCAACAUCUUCUGGAUGCUGGUGGAGGGCCUGUUCCUGUACAUGCGCUGUGUGGUGGCAGUCUUCCAUUACCUCUCAAGCCUGGCAGUCUUCUACGUGAUUGGCUGGGGUAUGCCGGCGGUGUUCGUUGCUGCCUGGACAGUUGUCAUGUACCUAUUCGACACAGAGCGGUGUUGGAUGGACUACACCAGGUUAUCCUACGCCUGGAUUGUAUCCGGACCAAUCGUGGUCGUUCUCGUGGUGAAUCUCUACUUCCUACUGCAUAUCCUGGUGGUCCUUAUCACCAAGAUGAAGGCGGACCAACACUCCACACAGUUCACCGAGCCAUGGAAAGCUCUGAAGGCGAUGUUCAUCCUCCUGCCACUGCUGGGUCUCACCAACCUGCUGUUCUUCGUGGAUCCACAAGAUGGCGGGCUGGGCGAGGACAUCUAUCAGGUCUUUAACGCCGUCAUGCAGGCGACACAGGGAAUGUUUGUAUCUACGAUCUACUGCUUCACUAAUGCUGAGGUUCAGAAUGUGAUCCGUGAUAAGCUGGGACAUCGUAACCAUCAACCCAAAUUUGACGUCCAAGGACAAGGCCCCGCCCAGCGCAGGAGUCUGAUGGCGACAGCCACGGCUUCCACUACUGUCACACAGUCCCACGCGGAGACACGUCUGUGAUAAUACCGUAUUGAAAAUCUCCCAAUCAACUGUCUUUAAUAAUUGUAUUCAUAGCCAAUGUCUAUUUUCAAGAAAAGGAGAAAGAUCCAACCCUUCAGUCAACAGGACAAAAUGUACACAUGUCCAGUAAGACCAUUUUUGAUGAUGAUGUAAGGGUAGAAAUCUCCCAAUUAAUUGUCUGUAAUGCCUGUAGUGUAUACUUGUAGUCAAAGUUCUAUUUUCAAGAAAAGGAAAAACAUCCUUCAGUCAAUGGGGCAGAAUGUACAUUUGUACACAUGUCCAGAGCAACCAUUUUUAAUGAUGAUGUAAGAUAUUGUGUCUGUAGUGUUUCAAAGUGGAAUCUUAAUGAUGUUUUCUAAUAUCAAUGUAUUGUACUAUGU